GUUAGGGCCCCAUGUGGGAAAGGCCAUGGCUCUGAUCCCCACAAGCCUGGGCCUCGGUCUCUCACUUCUGAUCCCCCGCCAGGCAACCCUAGCCUGUCCCCUUCCCUCCCCUCCCCAGGGCCUGCUGGGCUGGGUGUCUCUGAGCCCACCUGCCUGCCUAUCCCAGCCCCCAGGCUAUCCGAGCCUCAGUCUCCCGGCUCCCUGUGGCCUCUGGGUGCCUGGCCUCUGUCUCGGCCUCUCGGCCUCCUGUCUGUUCCUCUGUCUUUGCAGCAACUUCUCUGUGCUGAGCCCCUCCCCCGGGCUGGCUAUCCUCUCUCUGCCUCUGUUUCUUUGUGACUGAGUCUUCAACUAUCCCUAAGCCCCCUCUCCUGCCCAGCCCUGCUUUCUCCAUGUCCCUCUUUAGGUUUCCACGUCUGUUGGCCUUGGCCAGCCCCUCUGCUCCAGCCGCUCACUGCUCCCCAGGGCCCCCUGCCCCUCGACACUGAUGGAUAACUCUGGGGUGUUAAGCUACGGAUUAGUUCAGGCAAAAUUCUCGAUUUUGUCUGCGUUCUUUCCCCUUUGGGUUAUGUAAACAGUAAUUCUCCCCAGAUGGAACUAUUUUCCUCGCUUCCAUGCAGCCGGGGACAGGCCUGGACGGGCUGGGGGUGGAAUGCUCCAAUUCCACAGGACGCCUCCAGGAGGGGUGGAGGCUGCGGCUGAGGUCCCCAGCCCAGCCACCUCUCUUCCCUCCAGGUGCUGGCUCUGCUGUGACCAUGCCCGUGACCUUUGCCCUCCUGCUCCUCCUGGGCCAGGCCACUGCGGACCCAUGCUACGAUCCACAGGGCCGCCCCCAAUUCUGCCUCCCGCCAGUGACACAGCUGGCUGCCGUGGCGGCCUCCUGCCCUCAGGCCUGUGCCCUGUCCCCAGGAAACCACCUUGGCCCCGGGGAAACCUGCAAUGGCAGCCUAACCUUGGCCCUGGGUGGCUCCUUCCUCCUGACAUCUGUCAGCCUUCGCUUCUGCACCCCAGGACCCCCAGCCCUCAUCCUGUCUGCUGCCUGGGCCUCAGGGGGUCCCUGGAGGCUGCUGUGGCACAGACCCGCCUGGCCUGGGGCCUUGGGGGGCCCUGAAAGGGUGACCUUCCACUCCACACCAGAUCCUAAGGCCACUGUGGUGGCCCGCCACCUCCGCGUGGAGUUCGGGGGCCAGGCCGGGCUGGCGGCGGCUGGGCUGAGAGGCCGCUGCCAGUGCCAUGGCCAUGCUGCCCGCUGUGCCGCCCGUGCCCGGCCUCCCCGCUGCCACUGCCGCCACCAUACCACUGGCCCGGGGUGCGAGAGCUGCCGCCCGUCCCAUCGAGACUGGCCCUGGCGGCCUGCUACGCCCCGGCACCCCCACCCUUGCCUACCCUGCUCCUGCAACCAGCACGCCCGACGCUGCCGGUUCAACUCUGAGCUGUUCAGGCUGUCGGGCGGCCGGAGUGGGGGUGUUUGUGAGCGGUGCCGCCACCACACAGCCGGGCGGCACUGCCACUACUGCCAACCAGGGUUCUGGAGGGACCCUAGCCAGCCUAUGUCCAGCCGCAGGGCCUGCAGGGCCUGCCAGUGCCACCCUAUUGGGGCAACAGGAGGAACCUGCAACCAGACCAGUGGGCAGUGCACCUGCAAGUUAGGGGUCACAGGCCUGACCUGCAACCGCUGUGGCCCUGGCUACCAGCAGAGCCGCUCCCCCAGGAUGCCCUGCCAGCGAAUUCCAGAAGCAACAACCACCCUUGCCACUACUCCUGGUGCUUAUAGCUCUGACCCUCAGUGUCAAAACUACUGCAAUAUGUCGGACACCAGGGUAUAUAUGAGCCUUCGGAGGUACUGCCAGCAGGACUAUGUUCUUCGGGCGCAGGUGCUAGCGUCUGAGGCGGCAGGCCCGGCAUGGCGGCGGCUGGCCGUGCGCGUGCAGGCCGUCUACAAGCAGCGGGCGCAGCUCGUGCGACGCGGCGACCAGGACGCCUGGGUGCCCCGCGCCGACCUGGCCUGCGGCUGCCUCCGCCUACAGCCGGGCACCGACUACCUGCUGCUGGGCAGCGUGGUCGGCGGCCCCGACCCCACGCGCCUCAUCCUAGACCGCCACGGCCUCGCGCUGCCAUGGAGGCCGCGCUGGGCCCGGCCCCUGAGGCGGCUGCAGCAGGAGGAGCGUGCCGGGGGCUGCCGCGGCGUGCGGGAACCCACAUCCAGCCCCAGGCCGGAGCAUUAGAUGUGGGCUGCGGCCGCCUCCAAUGCCAACAAAGAAAUUUGGGAGCGACUGGGAGCUGAGCCUUAUACCUUGACGGUGCGCCGUAGAGAGCCAAUAAGACGUCGCAGAGCCCCGACGUCACUAUGCAUGCGCCCACGCCACGCAGGCGUGCGGAACUUUUGGCAAAAGGCGGCAAAGAGGACUACUGGUUCCAACUGUUUCUCCUUUGGCUUGUGGCUUAUUCCCCGCCAGUGAUCUAUUUCCCCCAAUAAAGUCUCAAAUCUUGGGGAA